GAGCUGAUGGCGGCUGCCCGUUAAGCACACAAGGGAAGAUGUGGUCCGUGCACUCUCAGAACGCUUCUAAACCCGCAUCUCCCACCGCCGCCUUUGUACGACAAUAAGGUGGAACUAUCACCUCAAGCGCACAGUUGACCAAAACGCACCUUAUGGAUGCUGUGUAGGAACCUACUAUUCCAGCUUGUCCGUGGCCGUCGCUAUGCCUCGACAGCUAGCCUUCACUUGGGACACUAUAACCAAACUCCUGCUUGCAGCGUUCACAGCACUGGUGUGUAUCUUUACGCUUAUUCUUGGCAUUCAAGCCAACACUGGUGUCACUUAUGCAUCCAUUCAUCGAGCACAUCUCACCAAGACGUGCCCUGUGAGAUUCACCAUGCGUAAACAGUACUGGGAUCUGACAUCUGAUGGAGAUACGCUGUGGGACGAAAUCAUUCCCGAGAAUGGCGGAUUCAUCUUCCACAGCAACCAAAGCGGUACCCCGUAUUACACGGGUGUCAGCAUGUUCCAUCAACUGCAUUGUUUGCAGAUGCUGCGCAUGGCGCUUGUCCAGAAGCAAGACCCUGCGGCACACCAAGACGGGCACACUCACCGGCGUAGCGCAGCGGGAAAGGGCUACAUGCACCAUAUGCACGGAGUCAAGCAGCCUCACUGGGUUCACUGUCUGGACUAUCUUGAGCAGGUGAGGCUUCCCAUGGGCUAAUGCCGUGUGCGCAACCACGCUGAUGAGAACCAGGCUGUUUCCUGUGCGGCAGAUGAUACCGUCGAGCCAUUCCGCGGGAGCACGGUCAAUGGCUACGGUUGGGUGCACCAGUGUCGCAACUCCGGUAAGCU